ACCUGUCGCUGCUGCAGGAGGACCCGCCCGACGACGCCGACGGCUCCUUGGACUUUGUCUCUCAAGAUGAAAUGUUGACGCCACUGGGAAGAUUGGACAAGUAUGCUGCGAGUGAGAACGUGUUCAACAGACAAAUGGUGGCUCGGAGUUUGCUGGAUACGUUGAGGGAAGUCUGCGAUGAUGAAAGAGAUUGUGUUGCUGUUCUGGAAAGAAUUAGCAGAUUAGCUGACGAUUCAGAGCCCACGGUGCGCGCAGAAUUGAUGGAGCAAGUGCCUCACCUCGCGCUGUUCUGCCAGGAGAGCCGGCCUACCAUCCCCUGUGCCUUUUCCAAGUACCUGCUGCCCGUUGUGGUGCGGUAUCUGGCAGAUCAGAACAACCAGGUGAGGAAAACAAGCCAAGCAGCUUUGCUGGCUUUGCUGGAGCAGGAGCUGAUCGAGCGCUUUGAUGUGGAGACCAAAGUGUGCCCUGUCCUCAUAGAGCUGACUGCACCUGACAGCAACGACGACGUGAAGACAGAGGCCGUGGCCGUGAUGUGCAGGAUGGCGCCGAUGGUUGGGAGGGGCAUCACAGAGCGCCUCCUCCUCCCACGGUUCUGUGAGAUGUGCUGCGACUGCAGAAUGUUCCAUGUUCGGAAGGUCUGUGCCGCCAAUUUUGGGGACAUUUGCAGUGUCGUUGGCCAGCAAGCUACUGAGGAGAUGUUGCUGCCCAGGUUUUUCCAGCUUUGUUCUGACAACGUGUGGGGAGUCCGGAAGGCGUGUGCUGAGUGCUUCAUGGCAGUCUCAUGUGCAACGUGUCAAGAAAUCCGACGGACCAAGUUAUCAGCACAGUUUAUUAAUUUGAUCAGUGACCCUUCACGUUGGGUUCGCCAAGCAGCUUUUCAGUCUCUGGGACCUUUCAUAUCAACUUUUGCUAAUCCAUCUAGCUCAGGCCAAUAUUUUAAAGAAGAAAGCAAAAAUUCAGAAGAUAUUUCAGAAGAUAAAAAUAGGCUCGGAGACCAAGAGGUGCCAGAGGAUGUCCCUUCAGCCCUCAGUGUCGCUGGGCCCAGUGCCAGGUUGGAGUGUGCGCUGGAAGACCGUGGUGCUGGAGCGCCUCGGGACUCUGCACAGGAGCUGGGUGUCCCGGCUCCGGCAGACAGCUCUUCACUGUGUACUGUGUCCUCAGAGUCUCACCCAGAAGCAGCUAGUAGUGAUGAGGUUACAAAGCCCUAUGGCUGCAAAUCCGUGUUCCAGCUGGAGGCUGACAGCAAGUCACAAGACUCAGCUCUCCCAGAUCAGGAAUUGUACAACUCCUUCCAUUUCUGGAGGACUCCUCUUCCCGAAAUAGAUCUGGACCUCGAGCUUGAGCAGGACUCUGGGAAGAGCCUCGGCCUGGAGCGGCCAGAAGGAGCCCCAGAAGACCUCAUGCCAGGUUCUCUAAACAUCACCAUGGCCACCAGGAGGGAGCUGGAGGAGAUGCUAGAAAACCUGGAGCCUCAUAUUGAUGAUCCUGAUGUUAAAGCUCAAGUGGAGGUGCUGUCGGCUGCCCUGCGCGCCUCCAGCCUGGACACUCACACAGAGGCUGUCAGCAUGGAAAAGAGCAGCGAGCUGCAAGACGAACCGGGUAUAAAUGAGCUACCAAAUUGUAAAAUAAAUCAAGAUGAUUCUGUGCCUUUAAUCAGCGAUGCUGUUGAGAGCAUGGACCCCGCUCUUCACUACGUCCACAGCGACUCAGACGUGAGCACCAGCAGCAGCUUCAGCCCGGACGAGGAGAGGAGCCCUAAAGUGCAGGACGUGGUGCCUCAGGCUCUGUUGGACCAGUACUUGUCUAUGACCGACCCGUCCCGCGCACAGACGGUGGACACGGAGAUCGCCAAGCACUGCGCAUACAGCCUGCCCGGGGUGGCCCUGACCCUUGGCAGGCAGAACUGGCACUGCCUGAGAGAGACCUACGAGACCCUGGCCUCUGACAUGCAGUGGAAAGUUCGAAGGACCUUAGCGUUCUCCAUCCACGAGCUCGCAGUUAUUCUUGGAGAUCAGUUGACAGCUGCGGAUCUGGUUCCAAUUUUUAAUGGAUUUUUAAAAGACCUCGAUGAAGUCAGGAUAGGUGUCCUUAAACACUUGCAUGAUUUUCUGAAGCUUCUUCAUAUUGACAAAAGACGAGAGUAUCUGUAUCAACUGCAGGAGUUUCUGGUGACAGACAAUAGUAGAAACUGGCGCUUCCGAGCCGAGCUGGCUGAGCAGCUGAUCUUACUUCUAGAGCUAUACGGCCCCAGAGACAUUUAUGACUAUCUGCGCCCCAUCGCCCUGAGCCUGUGUGCAGACAAAGUGUCCUCCGUCCGCUGGAUUUCCUACAAGCUGGUCAGCGAGAUGGUGAAGAAGCUGCACACAGCUUCAUCCCCAACCUUUGGCGCGGAUCUCAUCCGGGAGCUGGUGGAGAACUUCGGCAGGUGUCCCCGGUGGUCAGGCCGCCAGGCCUUCGUCUUCGUGUGCCAGACUGUCAUCGAGGACGACUGCCUCCCCAUGGACCAGUUCGCUGCACACCUCAUGCCACACCUGCUCACCCUGGCCAACGACAGAGUCCCGAACGUCAGAGUGCUGCUCGCCAAGACGCUGAGGCAGACGCUGUUAGAGAAAGAGUACUUCCUCACCUCUGCCAGCUGCCACCAGGAGGCUGUGGAGCAGACUAUCAUGGCCCUGCAGAUGGACCGAGACAGUGACGUCAAGUACUUCGCCAGCACCCACCCCGCCGGCACCAAGAUCUCUGAAGACGCCAUGAGCACAGCCUCCUCCACGUACUAGGCCAGGCCCAGCCUCGGGCCCCGCUCCCUGGGGCAGCGGCAGGCGGCCACCUCUGGGCCUGCUCACCCCACAAGGUCAUGGGCAAGGGCGGGCUCAGAGGCAGUCUUACCUCGCCUGAAGGGAACGGCGUUUCUCAGCGGAUUCUCACGUCACCAAAGCCUUAACACCCCUGUCUUCCUGGCGGACCGACACUUGAGGGCAGAGUGACCGCAUUGCUCUCUCCUGGGUCUAUUUCACAUCAGAUGAAUGAAUUCUUGCAGCCAGAAGAGACGCACGCUGGACAGACAGGAAAGGCCUUCAGUAUUAGCCCACUGCAGCCCCUCGGAUAGUUCCAGGCGGGUAGAAACGAAGAGAUUUUUGUGCAUUUCUCCCAAGGGCUUGAUGCUAACACUAAAGUAGAAUCUGAUUUUAACUUGUAAAUGCAGCAUAUUGCUGUGCACAUUUGCAGAAUGUUUGCUCAAUAUGUGUCUUGGUUUUUCAUGCUGGUCAUGACCGGAAGAAACUUCUCGGCGUGUGUCCACUGGUGUUGUGGACAUGAUUGUGGUCGGCUCCGAGGUGCGACUUUCUCCCACGCUGUGCGUCCAUGCAGCCACUUAGGAGUGCUGCCGUCCGGAUCAUGCAGUCAGAAUGGUUGUGGCACAAGUUCUCCUGUCCAAAUGAAAUUGAUUGAAAUAUAUAGAUACUUGUUUUCUACCUGUCUGUGAAUAAAUGCAAUUUGUGACCUGUA